AACGGGGGAGAGUGCGCUGAGCCGGCGGAGACAGCUGAACGGGGGUUUUCAUUUCUCGGUCAGUCCGGUAGCGUCAGGAGGUUAGUACGUGUUAUGAAUGGGUGCGUGGCCAUAUCGUUAACUCAGCGAUCCGCGUAACAUUUGCUGACGAAACUUCGAAGCGUGCCGAUUGUUUGGAAAAAGUCGCCAUCGAUGUAAACUGAAAUCGAAGAUCGGGCUUCUGGACUUUCGUAUUCAGGACGGAAAGGCGGUAUGCCUGCUCUGCGCCUGUUUGGCAGGAAAUGGUUAGCCGCUUCGGACGAUCUGGUAUUUCCCGGACUUUUCGAAAUAUUUUUAAGGAUAAUAUGGUUGGUUUUAAUAGUCUGUGUAUACAUCGAGUACUACAGCGACACAUGGAACUGCUCAAAAGGUGGAGACUACGUACGAAUAUACAUAAUUGGUAUGAUGGCGCUUUUGUGUGCCGUCAUUUUUGUCCUAGCGGCAUUGGUUAAUCAAAGCGCGAAAGGGUCCAUUACCGACGUCGACGCCAGGAAGCUGGUGCCACCGAUUUUGUUACUAAAACUUUUCCUGGUAAUUCCGGAAGUAAUACUCAACGUAUUUGGUACCAUGUGGGCUUUCUGUAGUGAUUUGGUCGUAUGUCCAUAUGAAGGUCAUUUUUCAAGGACUGUUAUUGAAGCGUUGGUCGUGUUCAAUUGGGCCCUGUUCGGCCUGGCAAUUUUCGGACUGGCGAUGAUUUUUGAUCCGUUGGGUUCACGACGGUACUACGAAAUUCACGAGACACCGAGUGCAGGAGAAUCGCUACGCCACCGAAAAGGCACCAGUAUUUGGAAAAGACGUUUUCGAUGGGCCUUCUGUUGGGUCAGGUCUGACGAACACGGACACGAAGCUUUCCAACAAGUAGCCGCCUUGCUCAGCGCACUGUUUCGCAGUACCGAUUUGGUACCGUCUGAUAUACUAGCGGGAUGUGUUCUACUUCGUGUGAAGCAGAAAAGGGAAACGAGAGAGAUGCGACGAAUCUACAUGCUGUCGGACGAAGAUCCAAAAUAUUCAUCAGACAUCAACCGAAUAUUUUCUUUGGCACCUCGCUGGAUGAACCUGGAAGAUGCCCGACAUUUUCUGCGGCUCUCGAUGGCCGCUUACGGCUGGCCCUUCGUGUUUUACCUGCACUGCAGUACCGCCCUCUUUCGUCUAAUCAGCAACGUCUCUUGCUGUUCGUGUUUUAAGCCGCCGGAUAACACCCCGGUUAUCGAUGACAAUUGCUGUCUCUGUCAUUUGGCCGGAGUGAAGUACAUAUCGAAAGUAAACGAGCAAGACAUUCUUUUUGCGUCGUUCAGAAAUUACGUGUUUGAGCUACCAUUCUGCGUGAUAGCGGAUCACAAAACAUCCAAUAUCGUGAUCGCAGUUAGAGGCUCGAUAUCUCUUAGAGAUAUCUUCACAGAUCUUACGGCCACAUCAGAGAAAUUUGAAGCUGAAGGUCUUCCUCCGGAUACGAUGGCCCAUAGGGGCAUGACAGCCGGAGCUAUUUACAUUGCCAAAAAGUUGAAAGAGACUGGAAUUUUGGAGAAAGCAUUUUGCCUGUACCCAGAAUAUGGCCUUGUGUUGACGGGCCACAGUUUAGGGGCGGGAGUUGCUUGCUUGCUGGGUUUAAAGAUUAGGCCGAAAUACCCCGAUCUUAAAGUUUUUGCCUUUGGAACUCCGGCCGGUUUAAUAAGCCGCGAAGCUGCCAGGAUAACGGAAAGUUUUAUUUUCACCGUUGGCGUAGGCGAUGAUUUCGUGAUGCGGCUCGGAGUCGACAGCAUCGAAAAUCUUCGAACGGGAAUAAUCCAAACACUUCAUGCCAGUAGAUUGCCAAAGUAUCGAAUCCUUUUGAAUGGAUUCGGAUAUGCCUUAUUCGGAGUUCCUCCUGGUGAUUUGGAGUCGACGUGGCGCGACGAAACCUUGCCGGAACCUGGACGAUCGCCAUUAUUAGAGUCUAGUAUAAUCCCGACUGUAGCUGCGUCUACGGAAGCAGCUCUCUUAUCCAGAGACUUAAGUGUCAGAAGAUUUUCCAAAAUACGUUUGUAUACUGCCGGUCGAAUCUUGCACAUUAUUAGUAGGAAGAAAACCAAAGCUGAAAGAAAAGCGGGAACCGGUGGUCCGGAUUUCGAAAUGAGAUGGGCAAAAGCUGAGGAUUUUAUGGAGCUAAAAGUAAUGCCUAAGAUGUUGCUGGAUCACUUGCCCGACAAUGUAUAUAAAACUCUAGAUACUAUUUUAAAAGAGCAAUCAGAUAACGUUAGUGAGAUCAUUUAAAAAUGACGAAUAAAAAAAUGUUUUAAUAGAAAGCGAUCCGUUUGUCGGUUUUCUAUUUUGCGGUUUAAUUGUUAUCAAAUUUUAUUUUUGAUUAAUAUGAACAAAUAUCCUAUUUGUAUUUUUAUAUUUAAUAAAACGUUAAG